AACGUCAUCACGUAAUGACGUAGUUUUACGUAACGACGUCAUCACGUAAUGACGUCACAACGUCAUUUAGCAACUUUUAGCAACUAAUCGACCUGCCUCUAGCAACUUCCCCAAAAAAAUAGUUGGCAACAUUGUCUGUGAGUCCAUCAUGCCUGUACUCGACCAAACUCUUGUGCUGUGUGUGUACGGCUUCUUCUCCAACCUCCGGCCGUCGGAGCCUUUCCUCACCGCUUACCUUCUGGGCCCAGAUAAGAAUCUGACGGAGACUCAGGUGGUGAAUGAAAUCUAUCCAGUGUGGACGUAUUCCUACCUGGUGUUGCUGUUCCCCAUCUUCCUGGCCACUGACUUCCUGCGUUAUAAGCCCGUAUUGGUGCUGCAGGCCACCAGCUUAGUGGUUACAUAUGUCAUGUUGCUGAGGGCGCAGGGCGUGCUGGCCAUGCAGCUCCUCGAGUUCUUCUUUGGACUGGCUACGGCCUCCGAGGUGGCCUACUACUCGUACAUCUACAGCGUGGUGGAUCCGGCGCACUACCAGAGAGUGACUGGUUACUGCCGCAGCAUCGCUCUGUUCGGAUCAGCUGCUGGAUCUCUGACCGGUCAGCUGCUGCUCUCUGUGGCCAAAGUUCAGCUGGUCCACCUGGUCAUCAUCACCUUGACAACUGCCUCCGUGGCCUCUGUGGCUCCCUGGUUUCUACCCAUGCCCAAGAGAAGCUUGUUCUUCCACAAGAGUCCAGCCGCGGCGGAGAAGCCGAACAGCACCGCUCUGCUGGAGCGGACCGAGGAUUCAGAGAACAAGUCGCCUCCCAACAGCCAGGACGUCGCCACGAUAUCCAGGUCCUCUGAGACAGGAAGUCACAGCAGCAGGCUUGUGGAAGUGCUACAGGUUCUGUUUGAUGACUUCCUGAAGUGCUACAGGUGCCGGUCCCUGCUGGCCUGGUCCCUGUGGUGGGCUCUGGCCACCUGCGGCUACUUCCAGGUCAUCAACUACGCUCAAGCACUGUGGGAGAACAUCCGUCCAUCCCAGGACUACGAAAUCUACAACGGCUACGUAGAGACCCUGUCCACACUGCUGGGGGCUCUGGCGGCCCUGCUGGUGGGCUACUUGCCCGUGUCCUGGUCUCUGUGGGGGGAGCUGGUUCUGUGUGUCCUCUCCCUGCUGAUGGCUUUGUGUGUGUUUGCUAUGGACACUGUGAGGAACAUCUGGCUCUGUUACAGCGCAUACGUCCUCUUCAGAGCCAUAUAUAUGCUGCUCAUCACCGUGGCAACGUAUCAGAUUGCUGCCAGUCUCAACAUGCAGCGCUACGCCUUAGUGUUCGGGGUGAACACCUUCAUGGCCCUGCUGCUGCAGACUCUGCUCACUGUGGCUGUGGUGGACUCGGCCGGCCUUGGCCUCGAUGUCUUUACUCAGUUCCUCAUCUAUGGCGGCUACUUUGCUGUCAUUUCUCUGGUCUUUCUGCUCGCUGCACUUUACAAAUUGGCCUCCAGGAGGUGCUCUAAGCAGGAAGAGGAGGUGCUGGCCAACAGCCGAGCAGGAACGGAGUCUGACUCGUCUCCAAUCAAGUGAUGGUUACUGAUGGCGUCUCACAUACUGAAUAAAGCAGCAUUAGUGAGUGAGCUGCAGUCAUCACGUCAUUGUGUUGUUAAUAAUGAAUGAAGCUGUAGUACUCUGUUGUGGCCACUAUGUGGUAGGAUGACAUGAUGUCAUCAUACUGCUGUCUAACCCAUUCAUGAUCCAUUUAAUGUUCCCCACUGAGACCCAACUGGACAGAAAAGAUGCAGUAGGACCAAACCAUGAGUGUUACAGAGUGGGUCUUUAGUCAUUGAAGUCAUUGAAACAAAUAUAUACUUCCUCUCUUUGCUGAUCACAGAUCAGAUGAAAAGGCUCCAUCUGAGAUUUAUGUCGCACAAUAUUUCAAAUGUUCAUAAUUGUAAUUCUGUAUGUUUCCCAGCUUGUUGAACUUGUGCCUUUAGACACUAGGAAUGGUACUGUAAUAGUACUUCUAAUGUGUUACAUUUGAAACCAGUGAAAAAGACAUGUUUGUAUUUAAAUAUGUAUUAUUUCCUCCUGCAAUGGCAUAGCUGCUGUAUUGUACUCUCAUUGAUCAUUAUUGGCACUGGCGAGGAGUUUGUGUAUCAGGUUCAUCAAUAUGUAUCUUUAAUGAAUGACAAUGAAAUGUGUUUGAUGUUAUGCUGCUUCUAUCUGUACAAGAUGUUCAUUACUACAAAUUAGAUGUGACCCAGAGCCACAGUGUGAGUCGUUGGUGUGUCUGUGGACUACAGAGACAGAGAUACAUCAGGAUUAGUGUUGCUUUGGCAAAAAGACUUAAAAGUGUUGUCUGACAUCAACCAAAUUCAUUUAGAAAACAUGGCCAAAUAUAAAGUACAAAUACCUGAAGUGUUCCACACACACCAGUAACUCUUCAUCUCAUCUUGGAACACUACAAAUAGUGCCUUUUCCUUUCCACUGUCAAAAUGUUCUCCACUGAUUCUUCUGAACUUAUAUUUUGGGCACUGUGCCAGCCUCUGGUAUUUCUUAAUGUCACUGAUGAAGCUCAUGUGUCACUUAAAAACAACUGUUACAACAGUAUUGGAUCAGUUGUAACUGUACAUCUGGUAUGUAAUACUUCUUUUGAAUGUUUGUCAACAUGCAUAGAAAUGAUGUUUUAUGAUCAGCGAACAAAUAAAAAAUAGCUUGAACAAUUUAACAAGUAAGGUGAUCUGUAUUUCUAAUUUCUCUUUGUACAACAAAUGGAUUGAACUAUUGUGUCCUCUUUUAUUGAUGUUUAGUUCUUUUGACAUCGCUGGCGGCUGGAUGUGAAGCAGAGGACGGACUCUUUUGUCUGUGUUCAUUCCGUUCCUUUCUUUGCACUAUUUGACAUUUAGCUCAUACAUGAAGUCUUGAGUGUAGUUUACUAGUGAAGGUUCUAUAAACAAUCUAAGUUGUCUCUAUGCAAUUUCUAUCACAAAGAAAUCAAAAUGUUUUUGCAGAAUCAUGUUUUUGUGUUCUGUAUUUUCACUGUUUUUGUAGUCGCUCUAUACAUCUUCUAAAUAAACAGAAAUAACAUCUUCUGUCCAGUGGUGUUUUUCUUCAGUAAAACAGGAGCAGGAGUUCUCGGACACACUCGCGAUGGUUUGAGGCUGGACUUUGGGAUGCGGUGCUUCGUUAGCAUGAUAGCAUUCUUACAUGUGCUAAUCAGUGCUACACAUAAAGUGGCUCUGGGUCACAUCUAAUUUGUAGUAAUGAACAUCUUGUACAG